CUCUUGGAUUCUAUGUCGGCUCCUGGAGACUUGGGCUGGGUGGCGUACCCUCCAGAGGGGUGGGAAGAAAUCAGUGUCAUGGAUGAGAGGAACACUCCAAUGCGAACAUACCAGGUCUGUAAUGUUAUGGAAGCUUAUCAGAAUAAUUGGCUGCGGACUAGUUGGAUUCCUCGUGAUGGUGCCCAUCGGAUCUAUAUUGAGAUUAAAUUUACGCUCAGAGACUGCAACAGCCUGCCAGGUGUUCCAGGAACAUGCAAAGAGACCUUUAACAUUUACUAUUAUGAGUCCAACAAUAACAACUUGUGGUACAUUAAAGAAAGUCAAUACAUAAAGAUCGACACCAUUGCUGCUGAUGAGAGCUUCACCCAGGUGGAUGUAGGUGACAGAGUGAUGAAAUUAAACACUGAGGUACGGGACAUUGGAUCCCUGACCAAGAAAGGCUUUUACCUUGCCUUUCAGGAUGUGGGCGCCUGUAUAGCUUUGGUAUCAGUGCGGGUCUACUAUAAAAAGUGCCCAUUAACGAUUCGUAACUUGGCGGAGUUUCCAGACAGGGUAACAGAAGGGGACUCCUCCUUGGUGGAAGUACGUGGCUCCUGUGUGAAUAAUUCUGAGGAAUAUGAUGUGCCUAAAAUGCACUGUAGUGCCGAUGGGGGAUGGUUGGUACCUAUUGGACGAUGUGUCUGCAAACCAGGAUAUGAGGAGAAGAGGGAUGCUUGCCAACCAUGUCGACCUGGUUUCUACAAGGCCUCCUCCAUGGAUGCUUACUGCAUGAAGUGUCCGCCUCAUAGCUACUCACACCAGGAGAGUUCAUCCCAAUGUACCUGUGAGAAAAGCUACUUCAGAGCAGAGACAGACCCCAGGGCUAUGCCAUGUACAAGACCUCCAACAGCACCAGAAAACCCCAUAUCCACAACAAAUGAGACCUCCAUCACCCUAGAGUGGAGCCCACCCAGGGACAGUGGUGGCAGGAAUGACAUUAUGUACAACAUUCGCUGCAAGAGGUGUGUGGGGGACCCCAGGAAGUGCAGCCUCUGUGGGAAUGGCCUCCAUUUCAUCCCCCAUCAGUUUGGAUUAACAUACACAAAAGUUCUUGUUACCAAUCUACUGCCUCAUACUAAUUAUACCUUCGACCUUGAGGCUUUGAAUGGUGUAUCUGAGCUGAGCCCCAGCCCUAAGCAGUAUGUCUCCAUCAAUGUCACGACCAGCCAGGCAGCAGAGGCAGCUGUGAAUGUGAUGCUGAAGGAGAGGAAGAGUAAGGAUAGCAUCACUCUGGCUUGGCAGGGACCAGACCAUGCUAACGGCGUCAUUGUGGAGUACGAGGUUAUCUACUAUGAAAAGAAUCAAAAGGACCAAAACUACACAGUUUUAAAAACCAAAUCUAACAGCAUGACAGUUGAUGGACUGAAACCGGGCACAAUAUAUGUUUUUCGGGUCAGAGCUCACACCAGCGGAGGACAUGGGACCUAUGGUGGUGAAAUUGAGCUGGAGACCAGUCAAGAAGACAUGCUAGCUAUUGGCGAUCCAAACCAACCCACCAUCAUGGCAGUGUCUGUUGCCGGGGGGAUUGUCCUCUUGAUCUUCCUUGUUACCUGCUUUGUCGUUAGUGGAAGGCACUGUGGCUACAUCAAAGCUAAACAAGACCCAGAUGAGGAAAAAAUGCAGUUCCAUCAUGGUCAAGUCAGGUUGCCUGGGAGUAGAACCUAUGUUCAUCCACACACCUACGAGGACCCUAAUCAAGCUGUUCGGGACUUUGCGAAGGAAAUUGAUGCAUCUUGCAUUCGGAUUGAAAGAGUUAUAGGGGCUGGUGAAUUCGGUGAGGUUUGCAGCGGACGUCUGAAGUUACCAGGGAAGAGAGAGAUCUAUGUGGCCAUCAAGAGCCUAAAAGCUGGUUACUCAGAGAAACAACGCAGAGACUUCCUGAGCGAAGCAAGCAUCAUGGGACAGUUUGACAACCCCAACAUAAUCCGCCUGGAAGGAGUGGUUACAAAAUGCAAACCCGUAAUGAUAAUAACGGAAUACAUGGAGAAUGGAUCUCUCGACUCAUUUCUGAGGAAACGUGAUGGACAAUUCACAGUCAUCCAGCUAGUUGGAAUGCUCAGAGGAAUCGCCUCAGGAAUGAAAUACCUUUCAGACAUGAACUACAUACAUCGGGACCUUGCAGCAAGGAACAUUCUAGUGAAUAGCAAUUUUGUCUGCAAGGUCUCUGAUUUUGGGUUGUCCAGAGUGCUGGAGGAUGACCCAGAGGCAGCCUAUACAACCAGGGGAGGAAAGAUCCCUAUCCGGUGGACAGCCCCAGAGGCCAUUGCCUACCGUAAGUUCACUUCAGCCAGUGAUGUAUGGAGUUACGGGAUUGUUAUGUGGGAAGUUAUGUCAUACGGAGAGAGGCCUUAUUGGGAAAUGUCGAAUCAGGAUGUGAUUAAAGCAAUAGAUGAGGGAUAUCGCUUGCCAGCACCAAUGGAUUGUCCUGCUGUACUUCAUCAGCUCAUGUUAGACUGCUGGCAGAAAGCACGUGGAGACAGACCCAAGUUUGGUCAGAUAGUGAACAUUCUUGACAAGCUGAUACGAAAUCCCAGUUGUCUCAAAACGUUAGCCAAUGAUGCAGCCUGCAGGUCAGGCAAUUCCUUGCAGGAUCCAUGUACUCCAGACUCGUCAGCCAUUACCACAGUAGAUGAAUGGCUUGAUGGUAUCAAAAUGGGACAGUACAAGGAGAACUUUGCAUCAGCUGGUUAUGCCACACUGGAUACCGUUGUGUACAUAAACAGCAGCGACCUCUGCAGAAUUGGAGUGACAUUAGUCGGGCACCAGAAAAGGAUUCUCUGGAGCAUUCAGAACCUUCACACCAUGGCUAGCCAGAUGCAUGGAACACACAUUCAAGUGUAACAAAGUCAUUGCAAUGAAGCUGUGAGUUGGACUCUUAAAGGGGAAAA